AUGGAGCCCGCCGCCGGCUUCCUGUCCCCGCGCCCUUUCCCGCGUGCGGCCGCCCCGCCCGCGCCCCCGGCCGGACCCGGGCCGCCUCAGAGUGCCGCGCCCAGACCCGAGCCCGAGAUGCUGGCCGGGCGGCCGGCGCCGGACCCCGGGCGCCUCAUCACCGACCCGGGCAGCGGCCGCACCUACUUCAAAGGCCGCUUGUUGGGCAAGGGGGGCUUCGCCCGCUGCUACGAGGCCACGGACACAGAGACCGGCAGCGCCUACGCGGUCAAAGUCAUCCCGCAGAGUCGCGUCGCCAAGCCGCAUCAGCGCGAGAAGAUCCUGAACGAGAUUGAGCUGCACCGAGACCUGCAGCACCGCCAUAUCGUGCGCUUCUCGCACCACUUUGAGGAUGCUGACAACAUAUACAUUUUUCUGGAGCUUUGCAGUCGAAAGUCCCUGGCCCACAUCUGGAAGGCGAGACACACCCUGUUGGAGCCGGAGGUUCGCUACUACCUGCGGCAGAUUCUUUCCGGCCUCAAGUACUUGCACCAGCGAGGCAUCUUGCACCGGGACCUCAAGCUGGGAAAUUUCUUCAUCACCGAGAACAUGGAACUCAAGGUGGGGGAUUUUGGGCUGGCAGCUCGGUUGGAACCGCCAGAGCAGAGGAAGAAGACCAUCUGUGGCACCCCCAACUAUGUGGCUCCAGAAGUACUGCUGAGACAGGGUCAUGGCCCUGAGGCAGAUGUGUGGUCCCUGGGCUGUGUCAUGUACACUCUGCUGUGUGGGAGCCCCCCCUUUGAGACGGCUGACCUGAAGGAGACGUACCGCUGUAUCAAGCAGGUUCACUACACGCUGCCCGCCAGCCUCUCACUGCCUGCCCGGCAGCUCCUGGCCGCCAUCCUCCGGGCCUCGCCCCGAGACCGCCCCUCUAUCGACCAGAUCUUGCGCCAUGACUUCUUUACCAAGGGCUACACCCCUGACCGGCUCCCUGUCAGCAGUUGCGUGACAGUCCCAGACCUGACACCCCCCAAUCCGGCUAGGAGUCUCUUUGCCAAAGUCACCAAGAGCCUCUUUGGCAGGAAGAAGAAUAAGAACAAGAACCAUCCUGAGGAGCGGGAUGAAGUCUCCUGUUUGGUGAGCGGCCUUGUGCGCACAUCCAUUGGCCACCAGGAUGCCAGGCCCGAGGCUCCAGCAGCUUCUGGCCCACCUCCCGUCAGCCUGGUAGAGACAGCAGGUGAAGACAGCUCCCCCCGUGGGACGCCGGCGAGCAGCGGAGAUGGGUUUGAAGAAGGUCUGACCGUGGCCACGGUGGUGGAGUCGGCCCUCUGUGCCCUGAGAAAUUGUGUGGCUUUCAUGCCCCCAGCGGAACAGAACCCGGCCCCUCUGGCCCAGCCGGAGCCUCUUGUGUGGGUCAGCAAGUGGGUUGACUACUCCAACAAGUUUGGCUUUGGGUAUCAGCUGUCCAGCCGCCGCGUAGCCGUGCUCUUCAACGAUGGCACUCACAUGGCCUUGUCAGCCAACAGAAAGACUGUGCACUACAACCCCACGAGCACAAAGCACUUCUCCUUCUCAGUGGGUGCCGUGCCCCGGGCCCUGCAGCCUCAGCUGGGCGUCCUGCGGUAUUUCACCUCGUACAUGGAGCAGCACCUCAUGAAGGGUGGAGAUCUGCCCAGCGUGGAAGAGGUGGAGGUGCCUGCCCCGCCCUUGCUGUUGCAGUGGGUCAAGACGGAUCAGGCCCUGCUCAUGCUGUUUAGUGAUGGCACUGUCCAGGUGAACUUCUACGGGGACCACACCAAGCUGAUCCUCAGUGGCUGGGAGCCUCUGCUUGUAACCUUUGUGGCCCGGAAUCGCAGUGCUUGUACUUACCUCGCUUCCCACCUCCGGCAGCUGGGCUGCUCGCCCGACCUGCGGCAGCGACUCCGCUACGCUCUGCGGCUGCUCAGGGACCGCAGCCCAGCCUAGGCCCUAACUUGCAGAGCAGGCCGUGAGCCAAACUGUCCAGCCUGAGGCCUGUGCCUGUAUGGCCCUGGCCCUUGCCUUUGUGGCCCUUCCUGUCCCUUUGGUGCCUCACUGGGGGGGGGGGGGGCUCUAGGCUGAAUCCCCCAGGGAAUCAGGGACCAGCUUUACUGGAGCUGGGGUGGUCUGUCCUUGAUGACUCCCGCCUCUCUCCAAAAGCCUGAGCCAUAGCCCCCGGCUAGGGGGUGUUAUUUAUGGACCACUUUUAUUUAUUAACAUUUAUUUAUUGGGAUGUGAGCCCCAGGGGGGCCCCUCCUGGGCCAAUAAAUCGUUUUUG